UCCAGCGAACUAACCAUGCCUGAUCCAGUUAAGGCCCCGAAGAAAGGCUCCAAGAAGGCCGUGUCUAAAGCCACCAAGACCGGCAAGAAGAAGAGAAAGACCAGGAAGGAGAGCUACGCCAUCUACGUGUACAAGGUGCUGAAGCAGGUCCACCCCGACACCGGCAUCUCCUCCAAGGCCAUGGGCAUCAUGAACUCCUUUGUGGGGGACAUCUUUGAGCGCAUCGCUGGUGAGGCUUCCCGCCUUGCUCACUACAACAAGCGCUCCACCAUCACCUCCAGGGAGAUCCAGACCGCCGUCCGCCUGCUGCUGCCCGGUGAGCUGGCCAAACACGCCGUGUCUGAGGGCACCAAGGCUGUCACCAAGUACACCAGCUCCAAGUAAAUCUGCUGUUUGUACCAACAACUCAAAGGUCCUUUUCAGGACCACCUUCACCUGAGAGCUAUGUCUAUCAAACUCUUUCUUUAUUAUGUUUUUUCCAUAAUGUAUAACAUACUACACAUUUUUCAUAUUAGAGGGUUUAACAGUCUUUUGAAGCAGAGAGGAGUGAAGCAGUGCUGUCCUUUGAGUGCAACGCUUUACAUAUUCAUCUAAUUAAACCAACUGACCAGAACAGUCAUUGCUGGAAAUUUGUAAGCCAUGCACAGGAAGUUGCUGCUAUUGUUUAUGCUGUGUCAUAACAAAACAGAGAUGGAUGUUUUAAAUCAUUUAAUUCUUCAUGAAAAUGCUUCUGAAACCAAACUAAAUCAUGACAAAACAAAAGUUUGGAGAGGACAGUGACAGACAAUACAUUAAUAUUCAAAUAUAGUUAAAACCUUCAUCCUAUCCGAACUCCUUGUCCUUGCAAAUAUCUUUCCUCCACCCAACAAAAUAAUAAACCAACUAAACGGUGUGCCAACUUAAUCUGGAGAACAACCAGAGAAGUCACUAAAAGAGACUGAAUGUACAAAAGCAAAGAAAAUGGAGGGCUGGGUGCUGUAGAGCUCGGUGACAGAUUAAAAAUUGCUUUUGUAAAAACAUUGCUGCUGCCAUCAUCAGAAAUGCUCUCUUACAAUAAAUAAAUUAUAUGGUGAUUUAAUUACACACCUCCAAUAUUUACAAAUAGACUGGGGUGGUUUACCCAGCAAAAUGAUUUAU